AUGGAAAAGUCAACACCUCUGCGUUUCUACGAUUUUAUUAAGGAUUUUGAGUUUGAUUAUUUAAAUACGUUACCAGAGAAAGCAUGGAAAGAUCUGGAAAAAGCCUAUACUUGUCAUCUUAAUACAGUAGAACAGACAGAAGCCGUAAAAAAACUAAAGCAAAUGUGGGAGACGACAAGGAAGCAUUUUCAGAAUGGUUUUAUCGAUAUUUAUUUACAAAUGCGUGAAAAACUUGUGGAAAGAAAAGUACAAGCUGAUUCUCAUAAAGUUGCAUGUCAUACUAUAUCUGCUAAUGUGGAGAAAGUUGGAAAAAAUAUCAUAUCAUGGACAAAAACUGCAACAAAUGAUAAUAGUCAAAAUCCAUUUUAUAUUUCCUCGAUCUUAAUGAAGGAGGAUGAGGCUGUAGUUAAUGAUAAUGGAAGAAAAAGGAAGUUGAAAGACUAUGAAUCAAUCCGAACUCCAAAAAAUAAUAUAGCGGUCUUGAAUGAUAAUGAAGGCGAUAAACAAAAAGAAUUUGCACUUUCAAUUGAGAGUAAUAAGAAAAGAAAUUAUGAUGGGGACAUUUUAUCAGCUGGUGGCACGAUAGUAUCUUCAGAAGAUAUCAAUAAUAUUCUAGAAAAUAUUAAGGCUAAUUAUGAAGAAAAAGAUGAGUUAACUGACAAUGAUGUUGAAAGAAGUUUAGCAGAAGCGGACAUCAUCAAUAUAAGUUCGGAUAACCCUCCAAUAAAUAGAGAACUUUUCAAUAGAUUAAAAGAAAAAGCGCAUUCCCAACCUCCACCCCGCAUCAAGAUUGAUGGACUUAAAAAGUGGAUACAAGAAAACUAUGCUCGCAAGAUAACCACCACGAUAUCAAAUAUUCGAUCAGUAACAACCAUUGAAAAUUUUGAUGCAAAACAGGCAAAAAAACUCGACUUACUUAUGGAUGAGAAUACAUACACAUCAACAAUAGUAUCUCCCGAUUUUGAAAUUCUAAAAUUUUGUUUUCCGAAAUUAUUCAUCAGCAGAUGGAAUGAAAAUGAUGUUCCUUCAUCUAAAUGGCGUCGUGAAAUAGUUUACCGCGAUAGUAACGCCUCUGCACGUAAGGCAGAUGGUAUCCUUUUUAAUUAUAGAAAUAUCACUCAAGAAUUUUUACUUUUUGAGAAUAUCGGCCCACCAUUAAAGACCCAAAAUCCCAAGUAUAAUGGUGAUCUUUUAAAAUGUUUUCGAAACUCUGUAGAUUCGAUUUGCAAAACUUUCUGGAAUGGAAAUGGAGACAUAAAAUUUGCAAAGAAAUACUACGUAUUAGCAUAUGUGUUGUAUAAGGACAAAGGCGAAUUAUUUAGAUUGAACUUGGGUGCCCCUAAAACCUUUGUUGCUGAAAGGAUAUUAACAGUUAAUUACCCUUUUGAGUAUUCGACCUUUCCUUGCAUUGUCAGUAUUAUCGAUCUUCUUUUCACAGUUAAGGCUAUUUUCGAAUCCAAUGUGGAUGUUCUUCACGAUUAUUCAAAGUCAUGCAUGGAAAUAUCUAAGAAUUUCACACCAGUUCGAGAAUGGCUUAGUUUGAAUAGGAAUAGCCUCUGA